UACCCACCUACCCAAACUCUCUCCAAUGGAUCAGAUCGCAAGAAGAAGAAAAAGUGAAGCCUCAUCGCACACACCGGCACUGACGCUGUUGCCAUUAACCUCAUCGUAUCUUUCGUCAACGCUCACAGAGAAAAGCUCAAGAAGAAAAAAAUGCAAGAGCCCUAGCCCUCAAUUUACAAUAUAUCCUCUCUUAUAUGCUUCUAAUUUCCGCUUAUUUAGGGCUUGCGGGGACAAAUGUGCGAAUCAAUCUCUCCGCAUCCGAGAUCAAUAGACUAGCUGAUGAUAUUAUCGUGAAAUCGAAGGAGGUUUAUGAUUCUGUAGCCUCUGUUACCCUCGAGAAAGUUACAUAUAUGAAUGUUAUAGCACCCUGGCAGAGCUCGAAGCAUACCAAUUUCUCUUAACCUGUUUCCGAAGAAGGUGAAGCAUACCAAUUUCCCUUAGCCUGUUUCCGAAGAAGGUGUCUCCUUUAGAUGAUGUAAGAAAAGCGAGUUCUGACGCUGAAAUAAGAUUGGAUUCUUUCUUUUUGAUGUCGGUUUCCUUGGGAUCCAAGGUUCAGUAUCCUCUUCGAUCCAGCGCGAGAUCGAAGGCGUCAGCGAUCGAUGAUUCAUCUGAAGCUUCUUCAGUUUCUCAAAGUAAUCAUAUGUUUAGCAAUGAGGAUGUCACUAUUGGAGCUAUGAUGCUUGCAAUGAAUGUCAAUCAUGAAGAUAAUCGGGUACUUUGUUCUCCUGGCUGUACAACAUCUUCAAUUGUUGUUUGGGAUAUUCCUAAGUGCUCAGGGUUAUGCAACCCAGAGGCAAAAAUGUUAAAGCUCCAUAAAAGAGAAAUUUGUUCGAGCAGUCCUACUUCAGAAUCUUCAGAUUCUGAUCAAUAGCCAGUUUUGUCCAGUUCAUACUUUUACCUACCUUCCAAGAGAAGCUUGUACAGGAAACCAUCCCCAAUCUGGGAACAAUGUGUGAUUAAAAUUCAUUGCUUGCCGGAUGCUUAUUUAUUUGCUAAGGAUCAAAUUCUUAUGUACAUGUGUCAAUGCGCCUCAGAUUGUUGGUUUUUGGAUUA